AUGGAUGCCUUUAUAUCAAGAAAAAAGCGAAAAUUAUCUGUCUCUCCCCAGUCACCUCUAAAGUCAAACACGAUCAACCUCAUUGAAGAUCUCAGUGUUCCUGAUGAUGAAUCAACGGAUUUCAAGCUGGCGCUAUUAUCAUCUCUGCACCCUGAAGUCGAACAGCAAGUUCUUCUUGAAAUGUUACUUGAACAUGAUGGUGAUGUUGAGAAGGCCUCGAUUUCUAUGUCUAGUUCGGAUACUUCCUCUUUGCCGAUACUCAAAAAGCCAUCAGCCACGGUAGGAUAUCAAAGUUCUCUUUCUACAUUCAUCUCGAGUGAGAAUUCCACAAAGCGAGUCAAGUGUUUGUCUAGGAAAGGCAAAACUCUUCAUUUAUAUUCCCCUGAAGAUGUUGCAGCUCACACUCCUUGUUCUAUCAUACAUAACUUCUUACCGGUAGAAGAGGCCAAUACGCUACUUGAGGAAUUGUUGAACGAAGCACCAACUUUCGAAAGGAUGACAUUCAAAUUGUUUGAUAAUGUAGUUACGAGUCCUCAUACGGCUUGCUUCUAUGUUGAGAGUUUGGAAGAGCAAAGGGCUCAAAAGACUGAAUACAUUUAUAAUGGUGAUCUACUAACGGAUGUCCGUCAACUCACUCCACAAAUGAGAAGAAUUUCGCCUAAAGUUCAGGAUGCUGUCAAUUCAGAAAUCGCAGCCCGAAUCAGAACACAAUAUCCUAAUGGCCAAAAACUUAAGUACCAAUCAUCGGACACAUGGAAGCCGAAUGCAGCUUUUGUCAACUGCUAUAACGGUGGCGCAGAGAGUGUAGGAUAUCAUAGUGACCAGCUCACUUACCUUGGACCACGAGCUGUCAUCGGAUCGAUAUCUUUGGGUGUGGCACGUGAAUUUCGUGUCCGAAAAAUAGUCGCCCAAGAGUCAGACUCGAAAGAGAAAAGUAAAGAGUCUUCAGAUGCUGAAGGUCAAAUAGCCAUUCACCUACCACAUAACUCUUUGUUAAUAAUGCAUGCCGAAAUGCAAGAAACUUGGAAACAUAGUAUCGCACCAGCACAAGCCAUUGAUCCUCAUCCAAUUUCUGGGAAUCGACGAAUCAAUAUUACCUACCGAGAUUACAAAGCGUCAUUACAUCCUAAAUUUACGCCAAAAUGCAAAUGUGGUGUACCGACAGUAUUAAGAGUUGUACAAAGGAAGAAGGAGAAUUUGGGCCGAUACUUCUGGAUGUGCCAUGCGGGAAAUGUUCCCGGAAAAGAAGGUUGCACAUACUUUGAAUGGGCUGAAUUUGAUGACGACGGUAAUCCGACCUGGCACGAUAAAAUCAAGACUGAGGCACAUAUGAGUGACCCGAAGACUGACAAAGAGAUCUCUUGA